GCUAGGGGCUCUGGUUGCCCCAGGAGAUAGCAUAUGGAACGAAGCUGGAAGCAGGGAUCAGCCAGGAGCACAGAGGUGGCUUGCUCUGUCCUAGAUAGGGAAGGGUGCAUAGGUAGUGGGAAAGCUUUGAGCCUGUGUGAAAAUAUCUGGGCAUGGUGACAGCCCAGAGGCUUCGUUGUUGUGCCUCCAUUCCUUCCAUCUUGGUGCCGACCAACUCUCUAAGUUCUGGGUCCCUGUAGAUCCCAUAUGACCUACAUACGAGUUUAAAGGGAAGAAAGGUACUGUUGAAGGGUAAGGGUGCUUGCUGCUAAACACAACGUGAAAUCAGAUGCCCAGGACCCACAAAAUAGGAGAACCCCCCCCCCCCCCGUCACUUGUCUGACUUCUGCAUGAGCACCUACAUAUUCACAAAUAACUAAAUCUAAAGGGAGAAAGGUGAGGACUCCGCCUAACCCGUUAUACACGAAUCCUUCAAAAUCACUUUGGGCAUGUUAGCUGCAAAAAGAAAAUCUCCCCUUACGUCCUUUUGCUCCUCAAUAGGGAAGUCAGGCUUCCAGCCAAGUGAUCUGAGACACUGGGGCCCUCUGGUGGCCACGCUGGGUCCUCAAGUGCCAGGGAAUGUGGCUGCCCCGCCCCUUAACAGCGGGAGCCAAUGGGAACUUGGGUCCCCACCCCGCAGCGGCCCUCUCCUAGUGAGUACUUAGAAUCCAGUCAGAAAAGCUGGAGGAGCUGCAAGAAGGGCUGGGGCCGCACCUUACAACCCCAGACCAGAAGAGCCGGAGAAGCCGGCUGGGCAGGUGGAGCCGGCGUUGUGCCUCUCAAGCCAUGGGCCGUAGGGAACCACAGUCAGCAAGCCUGUUCAGAAGUAGGUGAGUCCUGAAGCCUCUGCCCUGCACGGAGCUGCCCCCAUCUCUUCCCUAGUGGUCACUGCCAUGGCCCGGCUGCUGCUGCCAGGCAUACUACUGUGCACGUUGGGUGCUGGAUCAGGCACUUCAGACUUGGAGGACGUUCUGCCUCUUGCUCCCCACAAAUGCCCCAGUAACUGCAUCUGUGCUGCCGAUGUGCUGAGCUGUGCCGGCCGGGGGUUAGAGAGCUUGCCAGCAGCAUUACCUGCCACUGCUGCAGAACUCGACUUGAGCAACAAUGCACUCAGACGUCUCCCCCCGGGCUGGUUGGCGCCCCUCUCCCGGCUGCGUGCCCUGCACCUCGGCUACAAUAAGUUGGAUGUGCUGGGCCGCGGUGUGUUCAGCAAUGCCAGUGGCCUGAGGAUACUUGAUCUCUCGUCUAACAUGUUGAAGAUGCUCCGUGCCCAUGAUCUGGACGGCCUGGAGGAGCUGGAGAGGUUGCUUCUGUUUAAUAACCGACUGGUGCAUUUGGACCUGGACGCCUUCCGGGGCCUGGGCAUGCUCAGCCAUCUCUAUCUCGGCUGCAACAAACUCUCCUCUUUUUCUUUCAACCACCUGCACGGCCUGGGGACGGCCCACCUGCGUACUCUAGACCUCUCCUCCAACUGGCUGAAACACUUCUCCAUCCCUGAGCUGGCUGCACUGCCCGCUUUCCUCAAGAACGGGCUGUACUUGCACAACAACCCACUGCCCUGUGACUGCCACCUCUUCCACCUGCUCCAGCGCUGGCACCAGCGGGGCCUAAGCGCCCUGUGUGACUUUGCACGUGAGUACACUUGCCAAGCCUUUGAGGUGUCCGAAUCCCGAGUGCGCUUCUUUGAGCACAGCCGGGUCUUUGAGAACUGCUCGGAUGCUGCAGCUCCAGGUUUAGAGCUGCCUGAGGAGCAGCUGCAUGCACAGGUGGGGCAGUCCCUGCGGCUCUUCUGCAACACCACUGUGCCCGCGGCACGGGUGGCCUGGGUUUCGCCAAAGAGCGAGCUGCUUGUCGCACCCGGCUCUCAGGAUGGCAGCAUUGUCUUGCUGGCCGAUGGCAGCUUAGCCAUAGGCAGGGUGCAAGAGCAGCAUGCGGGCAUCUUUGUGUGCCUGGCCACUGGGCCCCGCCUGCACCACAACCAGACGCUUGAGUACAAUGUGAGCGUGCAUAAGCCUCGCUCCGAACCCGAGGCUUUCAACACAGGCUUCACCACACUGCUGGGCUGUAUCGUGGGCCUGGUGCUGGUGUUGCUCUAUCUGUUUGCACCGCCCUGUCGUGGCUGCUGUCACUGUUGUCGGCGGGCCUGCCACAACCGCUGCUGGCUGAGAGCACCUAGUCCGCUCCAGGAGCUGAGUGCACAGUCCUCCGUGCUCAGCACCACACCGCCGGAUGCACCCAGCCGCAAAGCCAGUGUCCACAAACAUGUGGUCUUCCUGGAGCCGGGCAAGAAAGGCCUCAAUGGCCGAGCGCAGCUAGCAGUAGCUGAGGACUUCGAUCUGUGCAACCCCAUGGGCUUACAACUCAAGGUUGGCUCCGAGUCAGCCAGUUCUACAGGUUCAGAGGGUCUCAUGAUGACCUAGACUGCCUGGUGUCCCACACGGGCCACAGACCUCCUGCUGCGGUCUAGAGAAUGACAGACGCUGGCGGACACACUGGCUGGUCCUACAGCUGCAUGAGAGCCCUGACCUGCACUUUGCCAGUUCCACUCGCUGGCAAAGGGGUGAGGCCCCCACCUGCCUCUUGCUCUGCCUAGCUCGGGACAAGGCCUCAGACUACUACAGCCUGCUUCCCCUAGGAUCUCAGAGUGACCAAAUGUCCCAGUAAGAUUAGGGAACCUAGCCAAUCUGUUAAGAGCCCUUGCAUCAGAGCCCUGGGCCACCCUCAGGAGUUAAUGCCGAUGUCAGGGCAUGGUAGAGAAGAGCCAAGCAUACCACCUUCCCCUCCCUGCCAGGGAGCUCACCAAGGAGGGAGAAAGCAGCUCGCAAGAGCCAGCUCCCACUCUAAGAGGAAUGAGGAAAUGCGCCCUUCCUCUGCUGAAAGAGGACCCAGUCUGUUGCCCUCCAGCCUCCAGAAAGCUUUACAACCCCUGUGGAGUCUGGCGGGCAUGCGCACCUCCUUCAGGACACGCCUGCAAGAGUAGCCCUGCUGCCUCCAGCUAAAGGGAGAGCCAACCCGUGGGCUCAUAACCCAGCAGGAAAAAGCCUGGGUAUGUGACUCACCUGGGACUCGGGUCCCUGGAGGGCAGGAGGCCUCUGAAGGGCUGGCACUCAUCUCAUCCUAAUGGCUAAAGCGGUACCCUGGAUUCCUGCCUCUACUACUCCCCACUGCAGGCAGGUGGGAAAGGGAGCCAGCACUCCUCCCACGAUGAGCUGGCCGCUCUGUCUGACUACUAAGGCGUUUUAUAAUAAAAGUGGUCCGUGUUCA